GACAAAGAAAAGAAAAUGAAUUUGCAGAGAGGCUUACCUCUUCUGUAUCAGCAAUUCUGGGCGCUCUUCAAGAAGAAUCUACUACUCUCAUGGAGGAGCAAGAGAGCCACGUUUCUGCAGCUCUUCUCAUCCUUCUUCUUUAUCUUCCUCAUUUUCUGCAUCCAGAAGGCGAUGGAGACUAGCUUCUCGUCUUCCACGGCGCUCAAGAUCAUCAAGGAUCCUGAGUUGAUGAUCUCGCCUCCAAUUCCGGCUUGUGAGGAGAAGUUCUUCGUUAAGCUCCCUUGCUUUGACUUCGUAUGGAGCGGCAACGAGAGCCAGAGAAUUACAACCAUCGUCAGAGCGAUCAUGGCCACAAAUCCGGGUAGACCUAUUCCGGACAGUAAGGUUAAAUCAUUUAGAACAACCCAGGAGAUAGAUGAAUGGCUUUUGGCUAAUCCUAUGCGGGUGCCAGGCGCUUUGCAUUUCGUUGCAAGAAAUGCUACUGUAAUUAGCUAUGGUAUACAAACUAACUCUACCCCAGAAGCAAAACGAGGGCUUUUUGAAGAUCCCACAUUUAAAUUCCAAAUUCCUCUUCAGAUUGCUGCAGAGCGUGAAAUUGCCAGGUCUCUUAUAGGAGAUUCUAACUUUAGCUGGGUUGUCGGAUUUAAGGAAUUUGCACACCCUGCAAUUGAGGCUCUUGUUGCACUUGAUAUCAUGGGACCAAUUUUCUUCCUUGCUGUUGCCAUGUUUGGUUUUGUGCUUCAAAUAAGUUCUUUGAUUUCAGAGAAGGAGCUCAAACUUCGCCAGGCAAUGACAAUGAUGGGUCUUUUCGAUUCUGCUUAUUGGUUGUCAUGGCUAACAUGGGAAGGAAUCAUUACCACUCUUUCAUCAAUUUUCAUAGUUCUUUUUGGAAUGAUGUUCCAGUUUGAUUUUUUCUUGAAGAACAGUUUUGCAGUUGUGUUCCUUCUGUUCUUUCUUUUCCAAUUCAAUAUGAUUGGUCUAGCAUUCUUUCUGUCAGCUUUCAUCAGCAAGUCAUCUUCAGCAAACACUGUCGGUUUCUUUGUCUUCAUAGUUGGUUUUGUGACACAGCUAUCCACAUCAGGUGGUUUCCCUUAUGCUAGCAGAUUUUCCACUACUCUUAGAGCCAUUUGGUCAUUGUUCCCACCUAAUCCUUUUUCUCAAGGUUUAAAUCUUCUUGCUGGUGCAACUAGUACUCCUCAGGAUCCUGGAAUUAGCUGGAGAAGACGAAUGGAGUGUGCACCAAAUGAUGAUAGUGAUUGUGUCAUAACAAUUAAUGAUAUCUACUUGUGGCUCAUUGGAACGUUUUUCCUUUGGAUUGUAUUGGCUAUAUACUUCGACAACAUAAUUCCAAAUGCCUUUGGUGUUAGAAAAUCAAUUUUUUACUUUUUAAGGCCUGGGUAUUGGACAGGGAAGGGUGGAAAUAAGGUGGAAGAGGGUGACAUUUGUAGUUGCAUGGGCUCAGUUCCACCUCUGGAACAAAUUCCUACAGACGAUGAAGAUGUCCUUGAGGAGGAAACUAUUGUUAAAGAGCAAGCAAGACAAGGUGUUGUUGAUCCCAAUGUUGCAGUCCAGAUUCGUGGUCUUGCAAAAACAUAUCCUGGAACAAGAAAUAUUGGUUUCUGCUGUAAAUGCAAGAAGACCUCACCAUACCAUGCUCUUAAAGGCUUAUGGCUGAACAUUGAAAAAGAUAAAUUAUUUUGUCUACUUGGACCCAACGGUGCUGGAAAAACUACUGCAAUUAAUUGUUUGACUGGUAUAACACCAGUAACUGAUGGAGAUGCUCUUAUUUAUGGAAAUUCCAUUAGAAGUCCAGUUGGCAUGUCUAACAUACGGAGACUAAUAGGAGUUUGUCCACAGUUUGAUAUCCUUUGGGAUGCUUUAUCUGGUGAAGAGCACCUCUACCUCUUUUCUAGCAUCAAAGGGCUGCCAACGACAUUAAUUAAGCAAGUAGUUCAGAAGUCAUUGGCAGAGGUAAAACUAACUGAGGCAUCUAAAAUAAGAGCUGGGAGUUACAGUGGAGGAAUGAAACGCCGCCUCAGUGUUGCAGUUGCUCUUAUAGGAGACCCUAAAUUGGUUUUCCUGGAUGAACCGACAACUGGUAUGGAUCCGAUCACAAGAAGACAUGUAUGGGACAUAAUACAGGAUGCAAAGAAAGGACGGGCAGUUGUCCUCACCACGCACUCUAUGGAAGAAGCAGAUAUUUUAGGUGACCGCAUAGGAAUCAUGGCAAAGGGUAGGCUCCGUUGCAUU